GCACAACCUGAGUGCCUCUCUCGGACUCGGACGAUAUAUUUAACUGGCUGUCGUCGCCGCGGAACGGGAAAAGGAAAUGCAGACUACGGCGCACAAAAGGGAGGCGGUAGCUUUAGAGGAAGAUAAAUCAAACGACAAAGACUGCCGCGGCGCCGAUUACUACGAUAUAUACGGACCUCAAGCGAAAGCUGAAGUGGUUUUCAAUCUGCCAGAAACUAAUUCGACUCUGAAUAUGCAAGAUGUUCAAGGUCUGGUCACCUGGGUGCUUGCUGAAGGAUUCAUGCCCUCCUGGGUUUUUAUCAAGAACAAGCCUCUGAUACCAAAAGUCGUUAUGCUUUAUGUCCCUGGCUUGGAUGCAGCUUUGUACUUAUCACAGUCUAAGAUACUUUCUGGCUUUAAAGAAUGCUGUGGAAAUCCAAGGGCGCUUUUAGCUCUUAGGUGUGUAUCAGAUGAUAUGCAGACAAUAGAUGCACUCCUAACAUGCAAGGUGAAAAGAAAGAGGAUCGAAAAUAAUUCGGAGUCAAAUAAGCAUAUCAAGAUGCCACACCAAGAAAGUGGUUCUGUUACGGAUAAUUUAUCCUCUGCGGAACUCUUGAAAGAUUUGCCUUUCCCUAUAACAUAUUACACGCUUACAGAAAAACAACUGGAAGACAAUGGAUAUUGUGUCAAUCAUCCAGGUUUUCUUUCUACUCUUCCAGCACCUUUAGGAUCUCCUCCCUACCAAAUAUUGGCACUAGAUUGCGAGAUGUGUGUGACAAAUGAGGGUCUUGAGCUCACACGAGUAACGCUGGUGGAUAUUGAUGGGAAGGUGGUGCUAGAUAAAUUUGUUAAACCGUUGAAUCCGAUCGUUGAUUACAAUACAAGGUUUAGUGGAAUUACGUAUGAGAUAUUGAAUGGGGUUACGACAAGGCUAAAGGAUGUUCAGAAAGAUUUCAGAAAGCUUGUUUACAAAGAGACCAUCCUAGUUGGGCAUUCAUUGGAGAAUGACUUGUUAGCUUUAAAGAUCUCUCAUGAGUUGGUGAUAGAUACUGCAUUGUUAUACAAACAUCCCCGUGGACGAUCUUUUAAAACUGCUCUUAGAGUUCUUGCCAAGAAAUUUCUUUCCAAGGAGAUACAACAGUCAGGAUCAGGACAUGACAGUAUUGAAGAUGCAAAGACUGCAAUGGAUCUUGCAUUGUUAAAGAUCAAACAUGGUCCUGAUUUUGGAUCCCCUCCUUCAUUUAUUCGAAAGAAGCUCCUAGCAGUUUUGAGUGAGUGUGGCAAAACGUCCUCAUUCAUUGAUGAUAGUUCGAUUGUGAAGAGAUACGCUUCUGCAUCAUCCCAUGCAUUUCCUGUGUCUUCUGAUGAAGAAGCUCUUUCAAAGGCUAAAAAGGAGGCGAAGAAUGCUCGGGUACAGUUUGUCUGGACUCAAUUCUCAGAAUUAAAUUCCUAUUUCAUAAGGCAAGCAGCAGACACAGAGAAGUUAUAUGGAAAACUGGCCGAGAUGAUAUCUUUGCUUACAUGUCAUGAGACAUCUGCCAAUGGCAAGGGCAUCAAAGAGGGCAUUUCACUUGAACUAAAGGAAAUUCUAUCACAGAUAGAUGCUGGAGUCCGUUCCCUCUAUGCUGCAUUGCCUGUGAAUGCCAUGUUCAUAAUUUGCACUGGACAUGGAGACACUGCAAUUGUCAACAGAUUGAAGAAAAUGCUGAAUGAGCAGAGUGAACCAGUAAUAGGCCGCGAGAAGAUUGUGAAGGUCUUGGAAGAGGUUCAGGCCCGGGCUGAAGUAGCAUUGUGUUUUGUAGGUGUGAAGCAUUAAAUUUUCACCUCAAAUCUUUCAUAUGGUUAUGUAGAUUUGUUCCCCAAGCUUCAAAAAUUAGAUGUAAAAAAGCCAAUUAUUGUUGAAAUGACGAAAUGCUUUUCUGCAUUUAUGUUUGCAUAACAAUAAAGUGCUUUUUUAUUAUUACGAAA